AUGGAGAUCAAAAGUUUGGAUCUUUUUGAGGUUUCAACACCACCCGAAGUCAUGGGGGACGCAACUUGUGUCAUGCAGCCCUUCUCUUACACUGCAGGCAUUUCCAAUGAUGCCAAAGAGGAUAACUCCAUUCAUGCGCUUGGGCAGUCGAUCUCUUUUGGGAGGUUCGUGUCAGAUUCCUUAUCUUGGGAGAAAUGGUCAAGCUUCUCUCAUAACCGAUAUGUUGAAGAGGCUGAGAAAUUCUCAAGACCUGGCUCAGUUGCACAGAAAAAAGCUUUCUUUGAAGCACAUUAUAGGAAUCUUGCGGCAAGAAAGGCAGCAGCAUUGCUCGAGCAAGCAAAUGCAGCUGCAAACAAUGCUCUGGAGCCAGAAAAUGAGGGUCGAAUUGCCGAUAAUACAACCCAAGAUUCACAAACAGAGGCCACAAACUCCCAAGUAGCUGGUAAUACUCAAGUUUCACAAGCAGUGGCCAUAAACUUCCAAGUAGCUGAAGGUCACGAAGAAAUACAUGCCCAACAAGUAAAUUCUGAAUCAGGUUUUGUUGCUGAUGACAGUGCUUGUAACUCUAAUGCUGUCAUGGAAAGAUUUGAAAGCAGCAAUGUGGAAGAAGCUGAACCAUCGACCGAAAACAAGGUUCUUGUGGAGAAUUGUGUUGAGAUCGAAACUUUAAACCAGAUUGGGAAUUUUGUUGAUAACAAGGAGCAGGUUAAAGAAAUGGAGCUUAGUGUGUCAAAACAAAUGGAGAAACCUCUAUUAAAGGAUUUCAUGUCUUAUAAAGAUGCUUCUUCAUCGAUGAGCAAGAAAAAACCAGCAGUCUUUUCGUCCAAGUCAUCGAUUUAUGAUAAAGCAUCGAAGCUGCCAUCUACUCCUGCUAAACCUGCAGCUUCAGUUCGUGCGAAAAGAGAAAACACUGCUACUCCAAUCAGCAAGAAGUAUGCAAUAGACUCGGUGGAAAGAAGAAGACCAACUCCAAAAUCAACUCAUAAGUCGAUGAAUUUCGCUCCUGUUAGAGAAAUUAAUAGAAUCACCUCAUCAAUUAUCAGGAAAAUUGAUAGUUCUAGAGUUGUUUCUAAUUCUAAGUCAUCUAAAGAUUGCCCAACUCCUUCAAGGACUCCUAUGAUGGUGUCUAUUGCAGAAUCAAAGCAUCCUUUAGCCACCCCCAGUCAGAAAAGAGAAGCAGAAACAAAUCACAGUCCCCAAGUGCAUCCAUACCCUUCAGCUUCAGGACUGAAGAAAGAGCUGCAAGAAGAAAGGAGGCAAAAGCUUGAAGAAAAAUUCAAUGCCUAUCAGGCACAAAAAGUGCAGCUACAAGCAACACUCAAGGAAAAAGCAGAAACAGAACUUAAAAGACUUCGCCAAAGCCUUUGCUUCAAGGCCAGGCCGCUGCCUGAUUUUUAUAAACAGAGAGUAGCACUAGACAAUCAGAUGGAAAAGAUUCCACUGACUCAUUCCGAAUCACCCAAGCUUGGAAGAAAAGUGACUCCCAGUGAGGAGGUACAGAGCACCUCUCAACUUCCUCAAUGGUCUUCAUUCAAGAAUACCGGUUCCAAACGUGUAAUGCAGAAGAAAGGUGAUAAUCCACGUUCUCUAGCUUCACAACUCAAAGCAAGUGCUCAUGAGAAUACAUCUCCAAAUAUUCAGCAUGAAUGA